AUGAUUGGGGUUGGGAAGAUCAAGCAAUACUCUAAUGUCCUCGACAAGCCCCUCAGCAAGGGAAAACAAGAGGUCAGUUUGAGUGCGUUUGCAUUCUUGUUUUCGGAGCUUGUGCAGUACAACCAGACACAGGUUGACAACAUUGCCGAGUUAGAACGCAGGCUGGAGGAUGCAGGAUAUGCUGUUGGGGCUCGAGUUCUGGAGCUUCUUUGCCAUAGGGAUAAGGGAAACAGAAGGGAGACAAGGUUAUUGGGUAUCCUGUCUUUUGUGCAUAGCACUGUGUGGAAGGUGUUAUUUGGAAAGGUAGCCGAUUCCCUUGAGAAAGGCACUGAACAUGAAGAUGAGUACAUGAUUAGUGAGAAGGAGCUCCUUGUGAACCGAUUUAUUUCGAUUCCAAAAGACAUGGGAACCUUUAAUUGUGGAGCAUUUGUUGCUGGAAUUGUGAGGGGUGUUUUGGACGGUGCUGGUUUUCCAGCUGUAGUAACAGCUCAUUUUGUACCAGUGGAGGGUCAGCAACGACCUCGAACAACCAUUUUGAUAAAAUUUGCUGAAGAGUUAAUGGGAGUGAGUACACUUGCAAAUUAUACACAUCCACGGUUCACCUGCCUGUGUACUACGAAGAGAAGCAAGGUUAGGUUGACGCUCGUGGCAAGACUAUCCCAUUAUAGUUUACCCAGUGCCUCUCCAUAG